AUGAGACUGACUGGUGAUGCUCCACUCCUCUUCUCUCUGGAGCGAUACUCGCCUCGCCCUCACACGCUCACGGAUCAUCAACACAACCACGAAGCUCGUACUCGUUCCUAUUCUAAUCCAACACACUCUCACACCUUCAACCUCCAUGAAGGUCUCCUUGUCUCAGUCAUGGAUAUCAUUUCCGAGGAUCAAGCCCUUCUGAGGCAAUACCAGGACCUGCCCAAGUCAAGUCGCCAAGCUAUCUUGCGUGGCAUCUUGGAUCAGCUGCCUCGAGAUGGUUGGCGUGAAAUCAAGGCACAAGCUGAUGUUCAUACUUUCCAGUAUGAUAUCCUGGGGAAGCUGCCCUUAGAGCUUGCCGCCCUUGUGGCCGAGUGCUUGCCACUCGUUGAUAUCAUCCGCCUUCGAAGGGUCUCGCAACGAUGGCAACAAGUCUUGUCAUCUCCUUCGCUGUGUCGUGCUGCGGCUCGAGCAACCCUGGGCAAAGAUCCCUGGGCACUGUCUUCAUCUGAGCCUCAACUGGACACACGUGCACCUGGUACUUUGACCUCCGCUCCAACAGUCUCCCCUGAUACCAUGGUCACUGCGAGUACCCCUAACUCGGGCCAUGAUUUCACCUCUUACUCUACCGCCUCAUUUACCAAGAUUGUUAAAAGAAGACACCGCCUGGAACAAGGAAAUCCAUACAAAGUUACCACGAUGCCAUUCCCGUUACCGAUAGAGGACACGCAAAAUCAUAGUGAACUCGAUCUUGAUCCAAGGACUUUCGUCACCUAUUCAGACAGCAGCUGUGCUUGGCUGGAUCCAAAGGAGAACCUAACGACCGUGGUCGUCUUGGACCUAGUCAAUGAGAACAGAAAGAAGUUCACCACAGACAACAGAGAAAAAUUGUGCUCUCUUCAAUUUGCCAAGCCUUUCAUUGCUGCAGUGUCGAUCAGAGGUUAUUGUCAUGUCUGGAAUAUUGACACUUUCGAGUUCUCAUCGUUUCGGAUUCCUUCCAUCGACUUCUUGAACAUGUUGAUCAGCGGAACCAAGGUCUUGGUUCAAUUUCAUCACUGUGUUGUCCACUGGUGCUUCAAAACAAGAAUUGCUCGGACCAUGGAGACCGGGUCUGUUAUCGCCCUAGCGCUUCAUCCUUCAGAAGACCAGAUCACCACAGUCUGUCUCUGCGCAAAGGACGAGAAGCAAAAUUGGAGCAAAGUGCCCAUUCAAGAUUGCCAGCUGCGCAUAGAAAAACAUGCCUUGGACAGCAGACAUGAAUGGUGCUUACUUUCUUGGCGUUACCAGCCGAUAUCAGUUUCGGCUUUUCCUGAGCAAGCGACCUAUUUUGCGGGGAUCUUGGACUCAGGUGGGACGCUCUAUUCCGGCCAGUCUAACAUGGUUAUGUAUACUCGUGAAGAGAUUGAGAAAGAUUUCAUAGAGAGCAGUCGCCUGUUCUGCUUGUCCAUUGAGCCCGACGAACGAGUCGUUUUCCACACAUUUCCAACAGAUGUUCAUGAUCUCACCUGCCCCGAGCGAGGUGUGAUCUAUGCUCCCCGUGUGAGCACAUAUUCCAGUCAGUACGUAAUCAUGAAGUCUAAAGCUAUGACGGACCCUGAAAACCUAUCGAUAUGGUAUGAUUACUAUAUCCACCGCACGAUAGAGGCUGAGUAUACCCCAUGGAUCAUGGGCGAUGCUCGUUUCUUAAUCGUCUUUGAUGACGAGCAAAUGAAUGUCGGGACUAUGGAUGAGCCUGAUCUAGAGGACCGAGAAGCCGUGGACCGGGUGAACGAGCUUAUAUUUUGAAAGACCCAUCUUGUGCUUGAUGGCCUAUAUUCUUUGGCUGAGGCUAAUCGCGCGAGCCUUUGCACGCCAGACUAUUCCAUUGCAGAAUUAUGAAUAACUAUAUAUCCUCAUAG